AUGAAGAUCGAGAAGACCGUUCUUCCUAUCGCCGCUCUCGCUGCUCUGGGCUCCGCUUUAGUCAUCCCUAACCUUGCCAAGGAGGAUAAGGACAAACUUGCCAUCAACAACAAGAAAUUCAACGAUAUCACAGAUGUCGUUGCCAAGUACUCCGAACAGAUCAUCGAGUCCGCCAGGAAGAUUGGCAAGAGUGUUCAGGACUCUGUCAAUUUGAAGAUGGCCCCCCUAGUCACCCCAACACCUUAUCCUGUCGUUUCCGGUGCGUCCGCCAACUCCAACGCCAACUCCAACAUUAUUCCAAACCGCUACAUUGUCGUCUUUAAGAAAUCCAUCUUGCCCGAAGAAGUCGACUUCCACAAGGAAUUAAUCAAUCAAAUUCAACUGGAAUCCGCUGCUAAGUUGCCCAAGGACGAUAAAUUCUUUUCUGCUUCCGCUAUCGAGGAUGAAUCUAUCAACCAAGGUGGUAUCUUAACCACUUUCAACAUUUCUAAUUUGUUGAACGGGUAUGUCGGUUAUUUCACCGAUGAAGUCUUGGAAUUAAUUAGAAUGAACCCAUUAGUGGAAUACGUGGAAAAGGAUUCAUUGGUACAAGCUACUGAAUUCGAUAAUCAAAAUAAUGCUCCAUGGGGGUUGGCAAGAAUUUCGCACAGAGAAAGAUUAAACUUGGGAUCCUUUAACAAGUACUUAUACGAUGAUGAUGCUGGUAAAGGUGUCACUUGUUAUGUCAUUGACACUGGUAUUAAUACCGAGCAUAAUGAUUUCAACAAGAGAGCCGUUUGGGGGAAGACUAUCCCAUUGAAUGAUAAAGACAUUGAUGGUAACGGCCAUGGGACUCAUUGUGCUGGUACCAUUGCUUCUACUCAUUAUGGUGUUGCUAAGAACGCAGAAGUCGUCGCCGUUAAAGUAUUAAGAUCAAAUGGGUCUGGUUCCAUGUCUGAUGUCAUUAAAGGGGUUGAAUUCGCCGCUGAAUCUCAUAUUAAGGCUGCUAAGGAAAAGAAGAAGGGUUUCAAGGGCUCUACUGCUAACAUGUCUCUUGGUGGUGGUAAAUCUCCAACUUUGGAUCUUGCCGUUAAUGCCGCUGUGGAUGCUGGUAUUCACUUUGCCGUUGCUGCAGGUAAUGAAAAUCAAGACGCUUGUAACACAUCUCCCGCAUCUGCUGAAAGAGCCAUUACCGUUGGUGCUUCUACUUUAAGUGAUGAUAGAGCUUAUUUCUCCAACUGGGGGAAAUGUGUCGAUAUCUUCGCACCAGGUUUGAACAUCUUAUCUACAUACAUUGGGGAUGAUGAUGCAACUGCCACUUUGUCAGGUACAUCGAUGGCUUCUCCUCAUGUUGCCGGUUUGUUGACUUAUUUCCUAUCUUUACAACCAGGUUCAGAUUCUGAAUUCUUCGAUCCAACUGAAUUGACACCUGCUCAAAUGAAAAAGAAAUUGAUUAACUAUAGUUCCAAGGAUGUCUUGUUUGAUUUACCAGAGGGAACUCCAAAUAAAUUAAUCUUUAACGGUGCUGGUGGUAACUUGGACGAUUUAUGGAAUAAAAAAUCCCAAGAGGAAGACAUCAAAGUGAAGGGGGGUUGUGACCAUAAGAAACAUAAGGGUAAGAAGCAUGGUUCAAAGGAUCAUAAGAAACAUGAUGGUCCAAAGGAUCACAAGAAACAUGAUGGUCCACACGGUCCUCAUGACCCAGAAAGACACCACCGUCCAGAAGAUCACGAUGGUCCAAGAGGUCCACACGGUCCUCAUGACCCAGAAAGACAUCACCGUCCAGAAGAUCAUGAUGGCCCAAAGGAUCACAAGAAACAUGAUGGUCCACACGGUCCUCAUGACCCAGAAAGACACCACCGUCCAGAAGAUCAUGCUGGUCCUCAUCAUCCAGAUGACCACGGCGGCCACAAGAAGCACGAUGGUCCUCAUCACCCAGAAGAUCACAAGGAUCACAAGAAACAUGAUGGUGAAGAAGAUCACAAGGAUAACAAAAAACAUCAUCAAGAACAAAUUUCUCCGGCUGAUUUGGCAAAGAGUCUUGGUACUUCAUCCGAUUCUGUCUUCCAACAAAUAAGGGACAUGUUUGACAGAAUGGACAUCCUUUAG